UUAAAAAUGUUUUAAAUUUACAAAGAUUUUACAACAACGUGUUUCAAAAUAAGAAAAAAGUCAUCGACUUCAGAAGUAUUUUCAUAAAGAUCUAACAUUUACUUUAUCUGAUUUCCGUAUAAAUCUAUCAAUCAAAAGAUAUAGAUUUUUGGAGAUUACGAUUAUGAAGGAAUGAUUUUAAAAAAGAAAAAAAAAUUAAAUGAAAUAAAAAUUAGUAUAUAUUAUGUACAGAAUUAAUGAAAAUGUUAGAAUAAAAAUUUUAACAAGUAAUAAUUGAUUCAUAAAUAACGUAAUGCGCGCUAAGAAAACUUCAAACGUAUUGGUCAACCUACGCACAAGCCGGUUUGAUAACUCGAUAUUUCGACCAGUAGCAUGCCUGAAAGACGCAAAGUUUCAUUCUACAUAUAUAUUAGUGCACUUUUAUUGGAACACCGAGUACACGCUAUACGAGUAUAGAUCAAGUGCAUACUGCCGGUGUAUGGUGUUGAUUGAUCUAUUCUGCCGGUGCGUCUUUGUGAUGUUGUGUUGUUUAUUACUGUAAGGAGAUUAAUUUCAAUAAAUAAGAAAUUUCACUUUUAUUGAAAAUUAUGAAGUACAUUUUAGUGACUGGUGGUGUUAUAAGUGGUGUUGGAAAGGGUGUAAUAGCUAGCUCUUUUGGUACAAUAUUGAAACAUUGCGGUAUUCAAGUAACAUCCAUCAAAAUAGACCCUUAUAUAAAUAUAGAUGCCGGUACUUUUUCGCCAUACGAGCACGGAGAAGUUUAUGUGCUUGACGAUGGAGGAGAGGUAGAUCUAGAUUUAGGAAAUUAUGAACGUUUCUUAGAUAUUAUAUUACAUAAGGAAAAUAAUAUUACUACAGGAAAAAUUUAUCAACAUGUUAUUACAAAAGAAAGACGUGGUGAUUAUUUAGGCAAGACAGUACAAGUGGUCCCACAUAUUACAGAUGCUAUACAAGAAUGGGUUGAAAAAGUUGCUAAUCAGUCAGUGUCAGAAGAUGGUGGUAAACCAGAGGUAUGUAUCAUUGAACUUGGUGGAACAAUUGGAGAUAUUGAAGGGAUGCCAUUUGUAGAAGCUUUCAGGCAAUUUCAAUUCAGAGUUAAAAGGGAAAACUUUUGCUGUGCUCAUGUCUCCUUAGUACCACAGCCACGUUGUACCGGAGAACCAAAAACUAAGCCAACUCAGUCAAGUGUAAGGGAAUUACGUGGUUUAGGAUUAUCUCCUGAUCUGAUAGUUUGUCGAUCUGAAAAACCUAUAGGUAAUGCAGUAAAAGAAAAGAUCUCAAGUUUUUGUCAUGUGGAGCCUGACCAGGUGAUAACUAUCCAUGAUUUAUCAUCUAUAUAUCGUGUACCCCUUCUUCUGGAAAAUCAAGGUGUCAUAGAAUUUCUUAAUGAUAGAUUACAAUUAAACAUUAGUAUGCCACGUCCUCGUUAUUUUAUGCGUAAGUGGAAGGAUUUGGCUGAUCGAAUUGAUCAUUUAAGAAAAGAUGUAAAUAUUGCUUUAGUAGGAAAAUAUACAAAGUUAGAAGAUUCAUACGCCUCAAUUAUAAAAGCAUUACAACAUGCUUCUGUGCAAGUUGGCUAUCGUUUAAAUUUAACGUUCAUAGAAGCUGCUAAUUUAGAAAAUUCCACUAAAGCAGAUAACCCAGUUUUGUAUCAUGAAACUUGGCAAAAGCUUUGUAAAAGCAAUGGUGUGGUAGUACCUGGUGGUUUUGGUAGGAGAGGCAUAGAAGGAAAAAUGGAAGCAUGUAAAUGGUGUAGAACAAAUGAUGUACCAUUUUUAGGUAUAUGUUUGGGUUUGCAAGUUGCAGUUAUAGAAUUUGCAAGAAACAUUUUAAAUUUAGAAACAGCACAUAGUACAGAAAUUGAUCCAAACACGGAUCAUCCAAUUAUAAUAGAUAUGCCAGAACAUAAUCCAGGUCAAAUGGGUGGAACUAUGAGACUUGGAAAAAGAUAUACGCGUUUUAAACCAGAGGAAGAAUCUGUUUUAAAACAAUUGUAUGGAAAUAAAAACUAUAUAGAAGAGAGACAUAGACACAGAUAUGAAGUAAAUCCACAAUAUGUUGAAGUUUUAGAAGAGGCAGGAUUAAUAUUUGUGGGUAGAGACGAAGACAAUGUUCGUAUGGAGAUAGCAGAGCUAACUGGACAUAAUUAUUAUGUUGCUACGCAAUUUCAUCCAGAAUAUUUAUCGAGACCUUUAAAACCAUCACCUCCAUUCUUAGGAUUAAUAUUGGCUAGUAUUGGUAAAUUAAAACAUUAUUUAGCAAGAGGAUGUAAAUUAUCGCCACGUGAACUUAGUGAUAAUGAAUCUGAUAUAGAAUAUCCACUUAUUGAUUCAACAAAGUUACAGUCAUCAAAUGAAGCAAGUAAAAGUAAUAGUGUUGUUUCUAGUAAUGAUUAAUGGAAGUUUUAAAUAUUUUGACAUAAGAUAUAUAUUUAUAUUAAGUAGGCAAUAUAGGUUUAACUACGAUAUAAUCUACAUUUUUUAAUAUAUAUAUAUAUAUAUUUAAAUGUAUUGGUAUAUAUUUAAAAAAUGUAUAUUAUAUAUUAUAUUCCAAAUUAAUUAUUUUCAAUUUUUUUUUUGUUUAUAAAUCUCGUAUUUAUAUAUAAAGUUUUUCCUAUAGCUGAAACCAAACUGCCCGCACACAAAUGUAUGAAAAAUAUAUUGUUUCACAUUUCUAAUUAUAUCGAUAUCUAAAAAUAUAUAGAUAUCAUCCUAUAUAUUAAUUUUAUCAUUUAGUUUCUCUUGUUUAAUAAGAAUAAGAUUUAUAUUAUUUUUCUAUUGAAAAGUAUCAAAAAGUUUUUUCUGUUUCUGAAUGUGCUCCCAUCAGUUAACUCCAAAAAAUACUAUAUAUUAUUGAAGUUAUUGUUAUGCACGUUUAUAUAUAAUAAAAGAAAAUUAUAUAAGAUAGAAAACAAAGUGAAGAAAGUUGCUUUAGUUUAUUUUCUUACUAGACUUGUAAAACUGUACCUAUAUAGAAAAAUUGAAGAGAGAAAAUUUGAAUAAAAUUCAUGUUAUUAUUUGUCA